GCGCACGGUUCCUCUGCUGCUUCUUUCCCCCCUCAUGUCGCUGCCGCUCAUCUGAACGCCUCUGGACGACGACAAAAAGAGGAAACAAACUGCUCACUUUCCCCUUCGGACGCUCCGUGCGCGGCGGUCGGGACGGCGGACUUGUGCGGGGUUUGCGGCGGCGCGGCGCGCAGCGGCCGGGCGGAGGAGCGCGCUCCCCCCGGGGGGGCCGGAGCACUUACAGCCGCUGCUGGGACUUCUGCGGCGGCCGGAACAGCCUGGAGGAGCCCGGAGGAUUUCUCCCCCGCUCCGAGUCCGCCUCGUGUCCCGGCGUCCACGCUGGUGUCCACACUGGCGGAGGGAGCGACCAGCCACGAGUUCCCAGAGAUCUGUGCUGGAAUGAAAGCUGGGACCAAGUAUAAAGGAAGGAGUCUGACGUGAAGACAUCUGCCCGGCAAGGACGGAGACGAGGCAGACGACACAGCGCUGGAGGCCCGGGGGAGUCAUUACCGCUCACAGACAUGCGUGCAGCAUGACUGGCCGGAUCUGAUCUCUCCUGCGGUGUCCCUGAGACCGGAACCCGCCUCCCGCCCCCGGCAUCGGGCCAGCAGAUCGGCGCCCCCUUCAGCUUGACUCCCAGAUAUAACGCUAGUAGGGGGUCGCCCCCCUCCCCCCCCCGCCCCCGCCCACGCUCCCAGGAACCCCGGGGACGGGUCCCUGCCAUGUUUCACUAACGGACCCCCUCCUCCCCUCGACCGGCGAAUGACCAGCGUGCAAGCGAGGGCGGGGCUUGCCUCAGUCUCUCACGAUUGGCUGCUGGAUGGAAUUAAGGUGAAUGGAACACAUGCCCAAGGAGCAGGACUCGAACCCAUCAGAGGGCGAAGAGAAACAGUGGCUCAAUGGCCCUAAAAGGAAGAGGAAGAACAGCCAAUGUUCCGUGAAGAGUAUGACUGGGUACAUCCCCAGCUACCUCGAAAAGGAUGAGCCAUGUGUGGUGUGUGGCGAUAAGGCCACCGGUUACCACUACCGCUGCAUUACCUGCGAGGGCUGCAAGGGUUUCUUCCGCAGGACCAUCCAGAAGAACCUCCACCCCGCCUACUCCUGCAAGUACGAUGGCUGCUGCAUCAUCGACAAGAUCACCCGCAACCAGUGUCAGCUGUGCCGCUUCAAGAAGUGCAUCGCAGUGGGCAUGGCCAUGGACCUUGUUCUGGAUGACUCAAAGCGGGUGGCGAAACGGCGCCUGAUUGAGGAGAACCGGGAGAAGCGCAAAAAGGAGGAAAUGACGAAAACCCUCCAGACCCGUCCAGAGCCCACCGUGACCGAGUGGGACCUGAUCCGCCUGGUGACGGAGGCCCACCGGCACACCAACGCUCAGGGCGCACAGUGGAAACAGAAGCGUAAAUUCCUGCCAGACAAAAUCGGUCAGUCUCCAGUCGCCCCGACACCCGACGGAGACAAGGUGGACCUGGAAGCCUUCAGCGAGUUCACCAAGAUCAUCACCCCCGCCAUCACCCGCGUCGUCGACUUUGCCAAAAAACUGCCCAUGUUCUCUGAGCUGCCUUGUGAAGACCAGAUCAUCCUGCUGAAGGGCUGCUGCAUGGAGAUCAUGUCGCUGCGCGCCGCUAUACGCUACGACCCCGAGAGCGAGACGCUAACGCUGAGCGGGGAGAUGGCUGUGAAGCGCGAGCAGCUGAAGAACGGCGGCCUGGGCGUGGUGUCCGACGCCAUCUUCGAUCUGGGGAAGAGUCUGGCGCAGUUCAACCUGGACGACACGGAGGUGGCGCUGCUGCAGGCCGUGCUGCUCAUGAGCUCAGACCGCUCGGGCCUGACCUGCGUGGACAAGAUCGAGAAGUGCCAGGAGACCUACCUGCUGGCGUUCGAGCACUACAUCAACUACCGCAAGCACAACAUUCCCCACUUCUGGCCCAAGCUGCUGAUGAAGGUGACGGACCUGCGCAUGAUCGGGGCGUGUCACGCCAGCCGCUUCCUCCACAUGAAGGUGGAGUGUCCCAACGAGCUCUUCCCGCCGCUCUUCCUCGAGGUGUUCGAGGACCAGGAAGUGUGAAAGCCCCGCCGCUAACCAGCUAUAGGAAGAGGAAGCUUUUAGCGAAAUGGGAGCUGGGCGACGCCGUCGCGCUUUGGCGACGGGAAGGAACGAUGGGAGAGUCUCGACGGCGGGAAUCCGCGUUUCUCCGACAUCACAUUCACAGUUCGUGGUUUUCAAACUGGAAACAGCAGUUACUGAGAGAACACACCAGCAACGGGAGAGUGACCCGGAGGGCGUUCAUGAGCACCCUCUCCUCCUCCUCCUCCUCCUCCUCCUCCUCUUUCUCCUCCUUACAUCCAGCCCUGUUUUAAGAUCUGUGUGGGGGCCCUUCUGUCUGAGCAUGAUGUCUUAUCCAGUCAGAGUUGUAGCCAUUUGCCAAGACACAUAUGCAAACACAAACACAGACACACACCACAGCUUUUCGCACCUCAGUUCUUCAGGGCAGCGCUCUUCGUAGAGGUCAGUUCCCCCAUCCUUGGUUUUUUCUUUGCAGCGGUCACACAUUUUGAAGCCGAGGCUGGCCCGCUCCUCUCAGUAUUAUCUCUGAAUAAGUGUUAGCUAGCCGCACUUGAGAAACGACGGACAGUAGCGACGCGGCGCGUUGCCCCGGCAACGCCGCGUCGCUGACGUUUCAGCAGACCGGUCUCUCUGGCGGUGUGAUCGCUGUGGAGACGCAGCGCUACCAGAUGUAGUCGUGGAUUACUCAAUCUGAGCCGUUACUGCUGUUUUUUGCUUCUCCUUUUUCCUCGGAUCUCACUGAACCGGUGCUAUAUUUAUAUAACUGCUCCAGUUUUAUAGAAUUAUGUUGUCUACCUUUAAAGAAAACUAACAAAAAAAAAACAAGAAAAAACAUUACCAGAUCAUGGCGCUCCGUAACUACCUUCAUUGUUGUCAUCGGACCGGCUCCUGUGACGUACACACACACACACACACACACACACACACACACACACACGCUCUGUCGUUACAACAACACCCUUCUCUCUGUUGCAUUGAAGGAAGGAAAGAAGGACGGAGAGGGAAUGAUGAAGGGAUGCGUUAGGAGGAGAGGAGCAGUAGUUUGAGCUGGAUUGCAUCAUCAGAGGAGGUUUCAGCACCACCACCAGCACGAUUGUAAAGCUGAGACGCCCUCGUCCUUCUCUCUCGCUGUCCGGCACACAUCCACACGAAAAAAAAAACACACAACUUCACCUCAGAGUAACGUGAACGCCUCAUUUUACUGUACACUCGGCACAGCGGUGUGCACGCGUGGCCCUAACCUGCAGGGCCCCUGCAGAGUCCCCUCCUCACGGACUCACCUCAGUGUGGCCCCACCAGGGCCUCCAUGCAUUUGCCUCCUUUUGUUUUUGUCUUGUGGAAAAAACCCCGCGGGCACCACUGAGAGCAGGGCGGACGCCCCGAAAGGCUAGCACUUACCUCAGAACGGACACACCCCGAGGCCGGGGCAGCGCCGAUGCCCCCGCGCUGUCAGGCACUACCUCACCUCUGUGGACACAGGGCGGCUGCCCGCAGCCCGCACGCACACACACAACCAUUCAGAGCAGCGGGCGUGGCCUUGUCAGAGCAGCCCCAUCGCAGAGACAGUCAGAACACACACACUCGGUUCAGAUGAAAUACCACUGAAGACAGGAGGGCACGGGUGGACUGACUGCAGGACACGGUACCCGUCACAUCCGGGUUGUUUCUCCUCUUCUUUUUUUUUCAAUUUUAUUUGUCUUUUGGGACCAAGUGUCAUCUUUUUUGUUGAUUCGCCCAUUUCUGUGGAGACACAAACUCACGGGACAGUGUGGAUGUUCCGGCGCCGCCGACCCACGGAUGGCGCAGAGCGACUUGACACCGCUCAGUUAGCUCAGUUAGCUAAGUUAGCACGCUCUCCGUCUGCAAACGGCCGCCGCCGGAGCUCCUUUAGAUGUUUUAUGCGAAGCAGCUUUCUCUCAUGCACUUAAGUCAAAUCUCUCGCCAAACGUCCGUGGCGGAUAUUCAGCGUAAUGACGAUGGAAGAAUGUUGAUUUGAUUAGACGAGCUCACUCUGCUCGUUCCAGUUCUGGGGCCAAGCCAAAUGCGAGUACCGCUCGUCCAAGACGCAGUUCCAAUCCACAGCCUCAGCAUUUCUUUGGGGGCGGCUCGUUGGGGGACGGGUGACCGGCAGAGUCGCUGCUGACGCUCCACCAUCAGCAUCUGCAACGCCCCCCCCCCCCCCCCGGAGCCCGGAUCAUUACGCCAGACCCCACUCAGUGUGGCUGGUGGGAGCUUUUGCACUUUUGCGGCGGGCCUCCCCUCCACCCCUCCCCCCCUUCCUCAUCAAAGUUUAAUCGACACACGUUAGUUCAUCCUGAGCUGCUCUGUGUAACAGAGGCCGCCGGCCGGGGGGGGCUCAGUCCUGUCGUCAGUAUUAGACCACCAAACGGGGGGGGACGGGAGAGAGGCCCCUGCUCAGGAGGGUUCAGGAGUGGCGUAGAGCCCACUUCUUCUUCUUCUUCUCAUGGUACUUGUCAUCUCAUCCAGCAGUCUAAGAUUCCUCUACACGACUUCAUUUUCAUUGUCUUUCCCGCCCUUCCUCCUCCAUCCACCCUCCCUCCCCUCAGAUGGGAACGAGAGACUCACACGCAGCAUGUGAGGAUGCAAGAGGACAUGACAGGAGAAGCUGAGGGCCCGGCCCCCGGCGUGGCUCAACGUAGAGACAAAAACACAGAGGAAGGGCGAGAUGUCAGGAUAGGCCUCCCCUCCAGCCCCCACGCAGCCCCAUGCCAGCCCACACCCCCAAUGACCCCCCCACCCCCUCAAAGGAGAACCUCCCCCUUUUGUAUUGUGAGGGUCAGAACCAGAUCCCACAUUCCAGAGGUGCAGGUUUGGAUCACAUCUUUGAAAAAGAACUGAUUAAAAAACAAGUGAUGAGCUGGGGAUGUGUGUGUGUGUGGGGGGGGGGGGUAAUGCUGCUCUACCUUCUGAGAAAAAAAUAUAUGAAAUGAUUAUAAAUCCAUAAAAGAAAAUUAAAAGAGAGGACUUUAAAAAAAAAAGACUCCCUAACGACAUUAUCAGAUUUCCUUUUUUUUUUUUUUUUUGUUCUGUCAUUGUUUUUCUUUUGUUUCUGUUUGUAUUUUGACGCUUUAAAUGCUCUGUGUAAAAGAGGAAAAACCCGGCUGUAGUCACUUUUUGACAAUGCGUGCAGUGUAACAUAGAAAAUAUUUUACUUCUUUUACACAUCUAUCGUAUGUGAUCAUAAGCCAACUGAUGUGUUUGUCUCUGUGUCUGUCCAGUUGUCCGUCCCCUUUUAUCAGGAGGAACCUACAAACAACAAAACAGGAAGUCAUAUAUAUAUAUAUAUAUAUAUAUAUAUAUAUAUAUAUAUAUAUAUAUAUGAAUAUAUGUGUAUAUAUAUUUCUUUUUUUGUUUGUUUUAUAAAAUACAACUUUGGAGAAAAAGCUCACAAAUAGAUAAAAAAAAACAUGAACUCAAAUAAAGAAACACAAUCUUGUCAUACCUCACACAACAGAGUCUAAAGGAACUCGGGAGGAGUCACAUUUUGCAGGCGCAUGUGGAAAUUUAGAGAUGCAUAUGCAGAUGAAAAAAAAAACAAGAACGUAAGAUAAUAUGUGCUUGUUCCAAAUGCAUCAGUACGAGUUACAAAAGGACACCCCCCCCUCACGCUUUGGCGCCCUCUUGAUUGAUUGGGCCCGCAGACGACGGAAGGCUGGACGUAAGCGCGUGAACGUGACCCGAUCCCCGAGCCCCAGGCGCUCUGUAAGGCGCUAACUGAAAAUGUGAACGGCCCAGAGACUGAGGGACAGAGAUUUGUGUAACGGCUGAGUGUUUCACGGGACUGAAUGUAGCUGACAGGAGAGGACUGGACCUGAGCCCGGUACCCACAGCCUGACUUCCACACACCAGCAGAGAGGAGAGCGCUGUCACACAAAACACAAAUAUGAAAAAAGAAAACAUAUUGCCCAUCUGCAAGGUGCAAUACCAUGAUAUGUGUUUUUGUAUGUUUUUCUGUUCUGAUUUAUUUUCAUUUCUUCCUCUUUUUUUUUUCUUUUUUUUACAUUUUUUUGGCCAUAACCGAGGAUGUAAAUAGGACAAUAUUCAACACUCAUUCAUUGUACAAAGUCAACUUAACCGCUCCAUCCCGCUGUCUUUUAAACAGGGGGGAAAAGAAAGAAAAUCAAAGAAAUCUGUGAUGCUUGUUCUGUUUUUAUGUGUGCAACCUCUCACAUGUGCAUGCACAUCCAUAUUCAAAAGUGCCCCGUGAUAUUGAUCAUAAGCCCUGUGCCUCCUGUUGUUUGCAACGAGAUAAAAGCCUACCCCUCAUGAUCUCACAGCAACGCCAAGCUCUGCACGUGAGCGGCGGCGGUUUGGUGUACAUGUGUGUUCACCUUUGGAGUCAGAUUCACUUCUUCCAAACUCAUGAUGUGAGUGUUUUCCAGCAGCCGCAGUCAGUCGCUGCAGACCAGGAGGGAGCAGGAAGUGGGACAAAUGAUUAGUGGGUAAUUAUUUAGCGUGGAUGUCAGCUAGCCUCGCUGCCAAACACCCACAUCAUUGUGGGUAUAGUUUAAAAUCCAUCUGCCUAUUUGUCCAGAGUCCAGAUGGCUUCCUGGAGCCAGCCUAAGAAUCCUGCAGGGUCUGAGUUUGAAGCGGGAAGACCAGGUCCACGAGGCCCAAAGUGAGAGGUCACCUCCACAGGUCAUUCAGUGAUGCAGCUGGAACGGAGGGAGCGUAAAGUUUCCUGUGCAUCUCCAAGAAACGGGAUGUGUUUGUAAUGUUUGUGAGAUCUGGCCAGAAUUUGCCACAAAUCACUUAAAUUGGAAAUGUAAUUCCCCUUUUCAGAUGAAUUCACAUUGAGUUUUAUUGGAUAGGAUUUCUAUUUAAUCCGCCUAAGAUGCACGGGAUGAAGUGAAAAAGAGGCCGCGGAUGAUGUCAACACUUUGAAGCGAUUUACAGCUCUAACUGAAUCCAGCUGAAAGUCAUUUAAUGAGGCCCGUAAUUCAAACAAACUGCAUGUUUUGUGGCUGGUUUUUGCAGAGCGCCCAAGCCCAUCCCUCCAUAAGUCCUGGUUUAUUCUCACAUGCUGACACUUUGGACAAGGGUGGAGAUUGUCUGUAAUGUCUUUUGGUUUUAUUGCUGUGUUCGGUUACCCCCCUCCCCCCCCCAAGCCAAAUGUAGAGUUCAUUAAGACAUGCAAGUAGCGAGAUGUCUAUGCAAUUUCCCCUCCAAAAUCUCUCAGAGAGAAAAGGCUCCCGGUAACAGCGAGGAGCCGAUCUUGCUCGUCAAAUCAAAUUCGGCCUGUCUUAAAUGCCAGAGGCUCUUUGCGUGACCCGGGGGCCCUUGCUGCUUUGAGUGGGCAAGGGCCUGGACUGGAGCCCAGCCUGUUGUCCGGCCUUCAGGCUAAGCGAGUAUUCAGUCGUCCGGGUCCCACAGAAGCGAAAGGGGUGACUGGGGGUGUUGUGGAGAACAAGGAUGCUAUGAGAUGUGCUGUUUUGUGUAAAUUACUCAAGAGUGAUGUGUGUGUGUGUGUGUUGUGUG